AUGAAGACAUUUACCCCCGAAGGGGCCCGGGUUUGGGUCAGAGAGAAGGAGCAGCUGGUUCCGGCCACCGUCAACUCCUGUGGGGAUGGAACCCUCGUGGUUACAACGGACUAUGGAGAGGUGUUGUACCUGCAGCAGGCCGAGGUCACCAGAGAGCGAGUGUACGCUAUGCACCAGUCCAGCAUCGACGGGGUGGAGGACAUGUCAGCGCUGGCCGAGCUGCACGAGGCCGCCAUCAUGCACAACCUGUACCAGCGCUACCAGAAGGAUAACAUCUACACCAACAUCGGCAGCAUCCUGGCAGCUGUCAACCCGUACAAGCAGAUCUCUGGUAUGUACGACCCAGAGAGGGUGGACUUGUACUCUAAGCACCAUCUGGGUGAACUCCCUCCGCACAUCUUCGCUGUGGCCAACGAAUGCUACCGCUGCAUCUGGAAACGCCACGACAGCCAGUGUGUUCUCAUCAGCGGUGAAUCGGGGGCGGGGAAGACGGAGAGCACCAAACUGUUGUUGCAGUUUCUGUCGGUGAUGAGCCAGAAGUCGGCCGGGACUCCACCGUCUGAGAAAACCACCCGAGUGGAGCAGGCCAUCGUACAGAGCAGUCCGAUCAUGGAAGCGUUCGGUAAUGCCAAAACCGUUUACAACAACAACUCCAGUCGUUUUGGGAAGUUCAUCCAGCUUCACUUCUCUGAGGGCGGCAACAUCCAAGGAGGCUGCGUCAUCGACUAUUUAUUGGAAAAGAACCGCGUAGUACGACAAAACCCCGGAGAGAGAAACUACCACAUCUUCUAUGCUCUGCUGGCAGGAGCGAGUAAAGAGCAUAAAAGCCAAUACUUCCUGGAGGACCCUCCUGAAUCUUUCCACUACCUCAGCCAAUCAGGAUGUCUGAAGGACAAGAGCCUGAAUGACAAAGAACUGUUCAACAGUGUCAUGGAGGCGCUGAAGGUUUUAGAGUUUACAGAGGAGGAGAUCAGAGACAUGUUUAAGCUGCUCUCAGGAGUCUUACAGCUCGGCAACAUCGAGUUCAUGACUGCAGGAGGAGCCCAGAUCACCACCAAGCAAGUGGUCACUAAUGCUAGUGAGCUGUUGGGUCUGGACGCCUUCCAGCUGUCUGAAGUCCUGACUCAGCGCUCCAUAAUCCUCAGAGGAGAGGAAAUCUGCUCCCCGCUCACUAUAGAGGGGGCUGUAGAUUCCCGAGACUCUGUUACCAUGGCGUUAUACUCCCAGUGUUUCUCCUGGAUCAUCCUCAAGAUUAACCAGAAAAUCAAAGGGAAGGAAAACUUCAAAUCCAUCGGCAUCCUUGAUAUCUUCGGUUUUGAGAACUUUGAGGUCAGAGCUCUGACCUUUCCUAUGUUUCCUUGUGUUUACCAUUUGCUGGACUUCAUCUAUGACUUGUUUGAGAAGGUUGGCAGCAGGAACAACGAGGAGAAGAUGGGCACAGCCAGACGUAAACCCACAGUGAGCUCCCAGUUCAGGGACUCCCUUCAUGCUCUCAUGGCCACGCUCAGUGUCUCCAAUCCUUUCUUCAUUCGCUGCAUUAAACCCAACAUGGAAAAGAAUCCAAAUGUGUUCGACCCAGAGGUCGUCCUGAACCAGCUGAGGUAUUCUGGGAUGUUGGAGACUGUGAAGAUCCGUCGUGCUGGGUUUCCUGUUCGUAGGACUUUCAAGGAUUUCUUCUCUCGAUAUAAGAUCAUUCUGAAAGAAAAAGUCCCAGCAGCAGGAGACGAUAAGAAGAGAAGCACAGACCUGCUAACCAAAUAUGACAAGACUAAGAAAGAGUGGCAGUUAGGAAAGACCAAGGUGUUUCUGAAAGAGUCUUUGGAGCACCGUUUAGAGAAAGACAGGGACGAAGUCCGGCGCCAAGCUGCCAUGAUAAUCCGAGCUCACCUGCUUACUUUCUCUGCCAAGAAGCACUUCAAACGUGUACGCACCAGCGUCGUCACCCUCCAGAAACACUUACGAAGGCACAUCCAACACCGACGGUUCACGAAGCAACGCAAGGCAGCGCUGGUGCUGCAGAAACACAGACGAGGCCAGGUGGCGCGCACUCGCGUUCGAAAACUCAAAGACGAAAAGAAGAAGAAGGAGGAAGAGCAAAGGAAGAAAGAGGAGGGAGAGAAGAAAGCAGUGGGUGAAGGAGAUGAGAAAAAAGCGGAUGAAGAUGAAGAUAAAAAAGACACAUCGCAAGAGGCUGAGUCCCGCCAAAUGGAGGAGAUCCUGCAGCUCGAGCGGGAGAUCGAGCGUUUGCAGAAGAAGAGAGAGGACGAGGUGUCGCAGCUCUGUGAAUCCUCUAAGCAGGAGCUGCAGCUGCGUCGGGACGCUGAGCUCAAACGCAUGAAAAAGGAGGCGUCCCGUAAGGCCACAGAGCUCAUUGACCUCCUGAACUUUGGAGGCGUGGAUCCAUCUCUGGGAGCGGUCGGAGCUAAACCUGCAGCAGAGGCCAAAGCUGCAAAAGGGCCGAGUAAAGCCAGAGGUGCAUCCAAAGAGGAGGACGUAGAUGAAGGCUUCCACGCUGAGGAGGAGUGCAUCCCUCUGCCGGACUUUCCUCCUCCUGCUGAGACAGACGCUCCCAUGGAUCAGGACAUACUUGUUCACCUUCCUCCUCCACCGCCUGCCUUUGCAGAAGGAACAGUGCCUCCAGCGCCACCUCCUCCGCCUCCUGCUGUCCCUCCACCGCCUCCUCCUCCACCACCUCCACCUACCCCAGGAGACGGGGAGAAGAAGGACGGGGCCAAGACGGAGCCGGAGAGGAAGGUGAGCAUGGUGGAGAGCCUGGUGGACGGAGAGGAGCCCAUCUACAGCAUGCCGGCCGACACCGAGUCGGACUACGACCAGGAAGAGGAGGAAGGCAACCGGGGAAGCACCACGGUGACGGAUGAGGAGCAUCCGAGGAAGUCGACCUGCACCAACGCCAGCAUUGAAUCCUACAGAGGCAGCUCUGACUCUUACGCAGACAGUGACGACGAACAUGAUGGCAUGAUGGACACUGAUGAAGAAGUGACAAAUGGCAGAGUCACUUUGCUUAAUGGAAAUGGGCCGCCAUACUUCCACGGCUACCUCUACAUGAAGGCCGGUCUGAUGAUCCCAUGGAGGAGGCGUUGGUGUGUGUUAAAGGAUGAGACCUUCAUGUGGUUCCGGUCCAAACAAGAGUCGCUGAAGUCUGGCUGGCUCUACAAGAAAGGAGGAGGCCUGUCCACUCUCUCACGGAGAAACUGGAAGAUGCGCUGGUUUGUUCUGAGAGACAGCAAGCUGAUGUACUAUGACAACGACAGCGAGGAGAAGCUGAAGGGAACCAUCGACAUUCGAGCAGCCAAGGAGAUUGUGGAUAACCAUGAAAAGGAGAACGCUCUGAAUAUCGUGACAGAUGAAAGGACCUACCAGGUGUUUGCCGAGUCGCCAGAGGAUGCAAGCGGGUGGUUCAACGUUCUCAGUAAGGUCCGAGUGUGCACUCCCGAGCAGCUGCUGGAAAUGUCGCAUGAACAGGCAAACCCUAAAAAUGCUGUGGGAACUCUUGAUGUCGGGUUGAUUGACUCAGUUUGUGCAUCAGACAACCCUGACCGGCCCAACUCCUUCGUCAUCAUUACGGCCAACCGUGUGAUUCACUGCAACAGUGACACACCAGAGGAGAUGCACCACUGGAUCACUCUGCUGCAGAAACCCAAAGGAGACGCCAGGAUAGACGGACAGGAGUUCCUUGUCAGAGGCUGGCUCCAAAAAGAGAUGAAGACGAAUGCCAAGAGCACCUCCCUGAAGCUGAAGAAGCGCUGGUUUGUUUUGACCCACAACUCCCUGGAUUACUACAAGAGUUCAGAGAAAAACUCCUCCAAGAUGGGAACUCUGGUGCUCAACUCCCUCUGCUCUGUCAUUCAGCCGGAUGAACGAGUGCAUAGGGAGACAGGCUACUGGAACAUCAUUGUGUACGGGCGGAAGCAUUCCUAUCGCCUUUAUACUAAGAUGCUGAAUGAGGCCAUGAGGUGGACCGCUGCUAUACAGGGAGUCAUAGACAGCAAGACCCCGAUAGAAACUCCAACUCUACAGCUCAUCAGAGACAUCAAGGAGAACAGUGUGAACCCAGAAAUAGUGGAGCAGAUGUACAGGAGGAACCCGAUCCUCAGAUACACUCAGCAUCCUCUGCACUCCCCUCUCCUGCCGCUCCCUUACGGAGAGGUCACCAGCGCAGUACAAAGGCAGCAGGGUUAUGCCAGCCUGCAGGAUGAGGCGGUGCGUGUUUUCAACUCGCUGCAGGAGAUGGAGACGCUGGCAGACACUGUGCCCAUCAUUCAGGGCAUCCUGCAGACCUGCCAGGACCUGCGCCCUCUCAGGGAUGAGGUAUAUUGUCAGGUGAUCAAGCAGACCAAUCAUGUGCCUCAGCCAAACAGCCCAGCCAAUAGAGCACACUGGCACCUGCUCACCUGCAUGAGCUGCACCUUCCUACCCAGCCGAGCCAUCCUCAGAUAUCUCCGCUUCCACCUCAAGAGGGUACGUGAGCGUUACCCCGGCACAGAGAUCGAACGCUACGCCAGUUUCAUCGGGGAGUCCCUAAAGAAGACCAAGACUCGUGAGUUUGUUCCAUCUCAGGAGGAGAUCGCCGCCCUGCUGGUGAGGCAAGAGAUGAGCACCACCGUCUACUGUCACGGAGGAGGCUCCUGCAAGAUCUCCAUCAACUCACACACCACCGCUGGAGAGGUUGUGGAGAAGCUGAUCAGAGGUCUGGCCAUGGAGGAAAGCAAGAACCUGUUUUCUCUGUUCGAGCACAAUGCCUUUACAGACCGAGCUCUGGAGAGCAGGGUGAUUGUGGCAGAUGUUCUGGCCAAAUUCGAGAGAUUGGCAGGCAGCGAAGAAGAGGAGGAGGAAGGAGAAUGGAAAUUGUACUUCAAGCUCUACUGCUUCUUGGAUGUGGAGAGCAUGCCCAAGGAGGGAGUGGAGUUUGCUUUCAUGUUUGAACAGGCCCAUGAAUCUUUGAUAAGUGGUCACUUCCCAGCCUCAGAGGAGACUUUGCAGCAUCUCGCCGCUUUACGUCUCCAGUAUCUCCACGGCGACGGGGCAGGUCGGGCCGGAUGGAGCCUGGGAAGCGUUUAUCCAAUUGGACGCCUUCGCAAUCGCAUCCUGCACUCCACCAAGCCAGGCGUCGGGGCGGCAAGUGGAGCCGGAGGAGGAGGAGUCGGGGGAGCGGGAGAUGGAAAAGGCGCUGUGGGAGGACCGGGCGGUGUCGGGCCCGGUGCAGAGAAACGAAAGACCCCGAGCUUCCUGGACGGCACCCUCAGGAGAAGCUUCAAAACGGGUUCACUGAAGAAGCAGAAGGUGGAGGAGGAGCAGAUGCUGGAGAUGUGGGUGAAGGAGGAGACGUCCGCCACACGGACCAGCGUUCUGGAGAAGUGGACCCGUCUGCAGGGGAUGCCGCAGCACCAGGCCAUGCUUAAGUACAUGAGCAUCAUUAAGGAGUGGCCUGGUUACGGGUCGACUCUGUUUGAUGUGGAGUGUAAAGAGGGCGGCUUCCCUCAUGAUCUGUGGCUCAGUGUGAGUGCUGACAACGUGUCUGUGUAUAAACGAGGUGAACCCAAACCGCUGGAGACCUUCCAGUAUGAACACAUCACCUUCUUUGGAGCUUCGCAGCCCUGCACCUACAAGAUCAUCGUGGAUGAGAGGGAGAUGUUCUUCGAGACUCCACUGGUUGGAGAGAUCACCAAGAUCAUGAGGGCCUACAUUAACAUGAUGGUGAAGAAACGCUGCAGCAUCAUGUCCGUGACCAGCGUCACCAGUUCCUGGGUCAGGUGAUCGCCACCAACCAGCCAGAACGCCUCGGUUCAUCCUUCCAGUGGCAACAGACGCCUCGGUCCCCCUCAUGCAUCGGUCGGUUGGUUUUGAAGACGGCAGUCGCACCAAGCAGCCAAUUAUCAAGGUUGAAUCAAAAGCGAUGGAUAAGCGUCAGUAAAGAAAACGGGGAAAAGUGGACACAGAAGCCAAUCGCACACUCUACUGGCCUGGGUUUCACUUGGGAAAUUUAAAAACGAGCAUGACAAAGAAAUAUUUUGGGGCUGUUCCGACAAAUACAAAAAAACCCCUCAGCUGUAGUCCUGCAUGUAGAUGUUCAAGCACACUCCAAAGUUCUCUCCGAUUUUCCUUUUUGGACAAACUAAAUUUAGUAAUAAUAAACAAGCACAACUCAGCCACCCAGUCAGUCCCAGCCAGUCCCAGGUGGCUCCUCCACCCCCCAGUGCACUGCCAGACAGAAGAAAGCCACACUUUCUCAGUUAAAUUUCUUUUUCUCUCUCUCACUCCUCCUCAGAAUUUCAGAGUCUCUCUCUUUCUCUUCAUGUAUCCUCACUUCCUGUUGCAUCAUUGUUU